AUGGAUGAUACACGUUUACGCUCUCCAUUGGUGAUGGGAUUAUUUGAAUCAGACUACGAAGAACCCGAAGCUCAGCUAACCUCAGAACCCGACCCACUCGAGUACGAUUACCUCCCAGAGGAAGUCAUAAACAAUGCCCAUUUCUCCAUGGACCUUGAUCUACCCGAUGACGACCCCGCAGACUUCGAUUUUCACCGCCCCUGCACCCCGGUUAAGCGAGCCUCACCCCAAACCGAUGAACAAAAGGCCGAGAAACUACUCGGCUACAAGGCCACUUAUUACCCUCGGUUUUCCCUUCUAUCCUUCUUGAAGACCAUAUUUGCCUCGGGGAACUCGACUUUGAAGCACACCUCCAAUGUCUUCCUAUCAGAUAACGGUCAUCUUGAACUAUUAGAGCUCUGGUGGAGCGCUCUAAAGGGCAAUUCAGGACUGAAAGAGUGGAUUGUUGGGAAGGCUGCUGUUAUCUGUGAGCAAGAAGCUGCACAGCUCUCGAAUCGGGCCUCUAGUGGUCCCCAUUUCGCACUCGCCGAACGUCUCAGGCUAUCAGCAAAGGAUAUCACGGUUGACAUAGUGAAUGAGUUCCGUCUGGCCAAAUUAACGGAGAUCUACGAUACGACAACCCCUUUCCUUCAAACAAUCCUCAAGGCUGUGGUACGAUCUGAGAUGGACAACAGUCGUGAUCGUAAUCCUGGCUGUACAUUUAUUACUUCGAUGGUCCUCAACCUCCGCAGCUCACAGGUCAAUUACCAUGGAGCAAUUAACGCCCUAUGGCUUUGGGACAACCAGGUGUCAAAGCGAAUGGUUCAGGCGCUAAAUAGGAUCGGAUUUUGCUCCUCCUAUCCUUUUCAAAUUCGCGCUAUCUCGUCCCUGAGCAAGAGUGCGAAGCAGCUGGCCCGAGUGGUCGCAAACGACUCACAGAAGAUUAAGAUGCUCCCAUACGACAACUUCAAUUGGCGCAAGCGUGCUUGGGAGAGUACUGCAUUACACAAAACCCAAACGCACGACCAAACUUCCGCAAUACUGGUCGUUCUGGAUCAUCCGAAAGGCUCAGACCCGCUCAAUAUCACGUCUCUAUCGCGCUUCAAGGAAUCCGAAGGCCGCCGGCACAUUAUUCCACCACACCAGGCGCUUUCAGACAUUCUCCCAACCAAGCAAGAUCAGCAAGCUUUCCGGGAGAACGCUAUAAUUCACGUCAUGCAGAUAAUCUCGGAUGAAGUCAAGGACCUCCUAUUCGAUUCCUUUGAAACAAUUCCAUCGUUUCAAGACCCCAAAGCGAUUCCACCCAAGAAAACCGAGGAAUAUUACCUCCCAACAUUCGACCAAGAGCAGGGUUCGACUCGAGGGAACAUGGUGGUGCUAGAACAUUACCUCGGCCCUGGAGUCCUCUCGAUUGACCCAGCAUUUUUUGAAUCCAAUGUGUUCACCAUUCUCGGGGACCGACUCACAACAGCUCGUGAUCGUGCUGCUCAAGAUCAGCGCGCUGUAGACCGCUCCCCUCAUGCGUUUGACCAUCUCUCAAGCCUGAAGAUGGUGGGUGGCCUAAUGCACUACAUCCUCAAUUUUAUCCGUGCUCUCUCCAGCAAUUACUGGGGAAACGACGCCAGCAAAGACCCUUUGAGCUUCUCAGAGCUCUGUAAAACCUUGCCCAAUCGCGACGACGUCAAACCAAAGAAAAUCGAUUAUUACGCCUGGCUCCGAUUUCUGGAUGUUGUUCUGCGGGGCCUUGUACUAAGGUCCGCCUUGGCCAUCCUCAAAACCGACGACUUCGACGACUUUACAGCUGCGUUUGGACGUACACGAAACACAUUGAAAACUCUGGCAAUAAAGGUGGUGGACCAUUAUCUCCUCCCCAGUCCUGGUCGUCUCGAAGAACUCGGAGUGAAGACAUUGAAAGGACACACCAUUUCCGGACAUGCAACCCUUUUAAUGCACGAUCUCAUGACGGUUCGCGAAAUGCGUUCAGCCAUCAAGAAAGGACACCCUCUCGGAUUCUUCGGAUGA